AUGGCCGCAGCUGGCAGAGCACAUGGCCCGCAAGCGAGGAUCCGGGCCGUCGUGUGCGCGCGAGGCAGGCCGAUCAGGUCGCCUGCCAUCGCGAGUCGCCAUCAGAUCGAAAGGGGAUGGGUGGUAGGAUGGUACUGGAAGCCCCAAGUGCCGGCCUGCGCGAGGCUGGCCUCCGCCAAGAGGCAGAAGCACGCCCCCACACCCUGCAGGGAAGCGUCUCCUAGCCCUCCAUCGCCCCCUCGCAUUGUUGUCUCGAUUCAAACACUCUCUCUGCGCUCGCCGGAAGGCGACGUAGCCGCCUGGGUGUGGGAUUUGCCAGUGCCCCACACGAGCUAA